CGGUAAGUGCUGAACCAGUAAGAGGUCUGAACCAUUAAGUGCUGAACCAGGAAAUUGGGCCAUUUCAACUUGUGCAAAUGGCGUUUCUUUGCACUGGGAACUUCAGUAGCAGCUGCUUAAGACUUGCAGUGGAGAAUGGUCAAGCAAUCAAUAAUUCAAAUGCUUUUGGGGUUGAGAUUGCAAAUGCCAGUGGGAGAUCUGCAGACACAUCUGGGAAUUGUUUAAGAACCUACAAGAGACGAAAGAUCUUCAAAGCAAAAGGAGUGCAUCCAGAUGAUUCACCCGGUCAAAGUAGUCAUAAGCCAGUAGACAGUAAUCUCUUGAGUAAUUCUUAUUCACAAACUAGUGUCGCUCCAGUACAAUCAAAUGGAUUUUUGAAUGAUCCCAUUAAUCUCUCCAAAAACAAAUGGAGGAAUGUUGCUCUGGAGCAGAUAUAUCAAUCACUGGAGAGUGACGGUGGAUUGAAAAAAUGCUUAAGCGAGGCACUGGCUCCACAUCCUGACACACAGUGUGACACUUCAGUGAAGGGAAAUGGUAAUUGCUUCAACGAUGAUACAAAUUGCACUAUCCCAUCAAACUCUAUGACUUCUGAUGGCCCGGCUAAAGGGAACAUGGAUAUGUCAUCCACUCGAUUAGUAAAUGGACCAAUUAAUUGCACAACUACUCAAAUCUGCCAGCGCUUAUUUCUAGAUAUUAUCUUAUCAGACGACUUUUCUCAAUUAUGCCGCACAAUAUUUGAAAACUUCGAAGGAACAAGGGCUGAUAAGUUUCUCAAUAUCGGCACCAUGCAUUCAAAAAUGAAAGCGGGACUGUAUGAAGAUAUUCCUAUGUCAUUUCACUCAGAUAUUCAAGAGGUGUGGUCAAAGCUUCAGAAGGUUGGAAGUGAAAUUCUUGCCAUUUCAAAGUGUCUGUCAAACAAAUCAACGUCUUAUUUCCAUUCUCAGUUUGUUACACAGGAACCUGACACAUAUUGCAGAACAGACCGUCCAAAGACAUGCACUUGCAAGCACUGUGGAAAGAAAGCAGAUGGAAAUGAUUCUUUAGUCUGUGACUCUUGUGAAGAGAUGUACCAUGUUUCUUGUAUUCAGCCUCCCGUUAAAGAAAUCCCCCCAAAGAGUUGGUAUUGUGCCAAGUGUACUGAAAAUGGGAUCGAAUCACCCCACGAGAACUGCGUGGUGUGCGAGAGACUCAAUGCCCCUAAAGAAAAACUACACCAAGAUGAUCUCACGACACUAGAGAAGCUAACCGAGAUGGAGGAGGGUUCAAACCGCUUUAGUGAUGAUGAAGAAGUACAUGUUCAGGCCUUCAACGAAGAACACAUAUGCAAUGUCUGUCGAACGGAGGCAAAACGCGGUGAAAAUUUGCUAAUGUGCAGCCACAAAUUCUGCCCUCACAAGUUCUACCACCAGAGGUGCUUGAACAAUCGGGAGUUGAGAUCCUAUGGCCCCCUAUGGUAUUGUCCAUCAUGUCUUUGCAGAGCUUGCCUCAAAAACCGUGAUGAUGAUGAAAUUGUUCUGUGUGAUGGAUGUGAUUAUGCAUACCACAUCUACUGUUUGCAACCCCCAAUGAGUUCCAUCCCAACAGGGGAAUGGUUCUGCAAAGGAUGUGAAGCAAGUAAAGAGCUCAUAGCAAAGGUGAAAAGGUCAUAUGAGCUAAUCAACAAGAGAUCGAAAGAGAGAUCACAGGUGUGUGGGGGAUUACACGAGAAAAAAGGAAGGGACGAGGCAGUGUUAGAUAAAUCUGGAGGAGGAGGAGGAGGAGGAGGAGGAGGGGUAGACAUGCUUCUAAAUGCUGCUAAAACUCUCAACUAUGAGGAGGAUUUGGCUGGCAAGAAGGAGGGAGAAGGUUGACAUUUUGAAUGGGCAAGAAGAACAUAGUGAUGGUUUCUGAUAAACCAGAUACUGUUGGUGUUUGUUUUGGGUCUCUCUUUUGUAUUCGGGGUGUAUGUAUGUGCAUAGCCGUGUUGGAUUUCGGCAUAUCUGUACUGCUACUAGCUCAUUUUUCAACUUGUAGAUUGUUCUUUUAUUUCCUUUGUACCAUGCAAAAAAAAAUGAUACCUACAGCUGACUGAUACCUAACAACUCCAUUGCCUGAAUUGUUUCAGGUUUCAUUGUUGUAUUGUGUACCCUUUCUGUAAUCCAAUAACUGAGACACAUGUUG